AUGGUUUCAGAAGGCAAAGAGCAAGCUAUUGAACAUUUAUCUAAAGCAGAUUUAGCAUUUAUAGCUGUACUUAUCAAUGUAGAAGGUGGUCUCGCCAAAGGUCAUGAUAAACCAAGAAAUUCAUAUGGAUUAAAAUUCGAAAAUAUUAAAAUUGUACGUGGACAUACGAAUCGAACAGCCGAUGGUACUCACUUCGAAUAUAGUCAAAGUCCAAAAGGUUUAAAAUUUAAAAUAGAAAAUGAAAGUGAUGAACAAAUAAAACAAGCUGCUGAAGAUGAUGAAGUCAAAGAACCAAAAGAAGGUAACACUUAUGUUGCUAUUCUUAAAAAUGAAAAUAAUAUUGAAAUUCUCGUUGAAAUUAAUCCUCAUGAUAUCUCCGAAAUUAUUCAAAGUGCUCGAGAUAAAGAAACAACGACUUAA